CCGGCGCCGCAGGGGAGGAGCUGCGGCCGAGUCGGGCUGAGAAAAAACAAAGCCGCGCUCCUGAUCGGCGUCUGAAUAGACGCCAAGAGGAGCGAAUCCGGUUUGGGAGCAUUGGCACCCCGAGGCGUGCAGACGAGGACCAGGAGCUAAAGCGAGCCCCGCCUUCAGCGUCUUUGGGAAUCAAAGUUCACGGUUCGGCUAUGGACAAAUAAUCCUGCCCCUCAUGUUUCGUGUGACUUCGGCGGCCUUGCCUCCCUUUCCCUAAAUUCCCUAAAUUGAGUUUUUGCUCAAGCACGAUGCCGCUUCACCUGAAAAUGAUCAGUUUCCAGAGUAUGAAUUUCUCCGAUUGCCCCAAUGGCUCCCAGUGGGUUUGGGAGAUAUUCCACGAAUGUGCACAGGACGGCUGGGACAUAUCCAGCGUGGUGCUGGGCUUGCUUUCCAUCUUCUGCUUUGCUGCCGCGGCUUUCCCCCAAUACUACCUGGCCUGUAAAACUGGGAUUAUGGACCAGGCGUUAUCUGUCUACUUCCUGUUGGGAUGGUUGGGAGGAGACUCUUUAAACCUGAUUGGGUCGUUCUUGGCUGACCAGCUACCACUACAGGUAUACACAGCCAUCUAUUACGUACUGGCAGACCUGCUUAUGAUGUCUCUCUACCUCUAUUACAAAGUCAAGAACCAGAACAGAACCUUCUCCGCUUCAAUCAAUGGCGCGUUUGCGUUCCUCGUUGUGGGAACGGUGUCUGUGACCUCCUUCCUGGGCAGACCCUCCUCUCUCUCCGAAGACGACACUGCGCACUUCAGAGGGAGGAUGCUUCUCUUGUCUGCAGAAGAUAGUCCUGGAUGGGAGCCUUUCACCCAGCAAGAAAUCAUUGGUUUCACUAUUGGAUCUAUUUCGUCUCUUCUCUACCUGCUUUCCCGGGUCCCACAGAUCUACACAAAUUUCAAGAGGAAAUCGACCGUCGGCAUAUCUUAUUCUCUCUUCGCUCUGGUGAUGCUGGGGAACACUUUGUACGGACUCAGCGUCCUGCUGAAAAACCCAGAUCGGGGCCAAGCUGAAGGCAGCUACGUCAUCCACCACCUCCCUUGGCUGAUUGGCAGUUUGGGAGUCCUGGCUCUCGACAUCAUUAUUUCGUUUCAGUUCCUUGCCUACAAUCGGAAGAGGCUACCGUCGCUUGAAGAGAGAGAGGCUCUCCUGGGUGGUCAAGAGGAACCUCCUGAGAGCUGACAGGCACGAUUUUUAAGUGAGUGAAGAUGCUGUGAAGGCCUUCUCCCUUCCUGUGGACUUUGGAGAGCAUGCACCACAGCUAAUCUUCUUUUACUGUUGAACAGAUCCUUCUCCAGGGCCUUUUCGGGGUUGGACUGACUACCUCUCAAUGGACAAUGUUUCUAUUUAAAAGGGUGGGUGGGUGGGGGAAUCAAUCUAACAGGUUGUAAGCUGAGGAAUGAAAAUGGUGCUUUUUUUAUUUUUAAGUGUCUUUGGAACUCAAGAUGCACAUAGCUCCCUUGCCACAGUCACAAUCCAAAAUAAGGGAAAAUGUAAUUUAAUGAGGAGGUUUGGAUGGGAUCAAAGGGAAAUCACUGCAAGUGAGGGAUUCAGUAAAGCUGCAUCUCUGGGCUUCAAAGAGUUAUUUGCCUUCAUAAACACAGUCACACGUGAUUUCUGCCAAGACCCAUCGAGGGUGAAGGACAGAGGUCUUGUUGUGUGGCACACACACGUUGGGCAUUCAUUUUGAAUAAGCGUUUUAUUUGCACAGAUGGAUGAAUAUGAAAAUAAACUUAACCCCCCUUUCUAAUAAUGUCUGGUUGCAUUGGGAGAAGACAAAACAGAACCGUGGACAGCCAACGGAGCUCAGUGUUGGAAGAUUCGGGGCAGGUGAAAUUCUUCACACCGCACAUAGUUAAAAGGGUGGAACCUGCCCCCAUAGGAGGCAGAACCAGCCACCAACUUGGAUGACUUUGAGAGGAUUGGACAAAUUCAUAGAGAAGAGGGCUAUCCAUGAUGGAGGCAGCAGUGUUUCUGGAUAGCAGUUGCUGGAUACGGAGAGGGCUGCUGGCUUCUCAUUGGUGCAUCUGGUUGCCCACUGUGAAAACAGGAUGCUGGACUAGAUGGGCCAUUGGCAAGAUCCAGCAGAUCAUUCUCUAUAUUGUUAAUCUUGGCCACAAUCUCACUCCUCUCUUCAGUGUUGAUAUUUGAACAGGAUAGGUUUCCUGGGGGUGUUUUAGUCAGCCUAAACUCUGGAAAGAUGAGGGUGUGCCCCCCCCACAAAAGGUAAAGGGACCCCUGAUUGUUAGGUCCAGUUGUGAACAACUCUGGGCUUGUGGCACUCAUCUCGCGUUAUUGGCCGAGGGAGCCGGCGAACAGCUUCCAGGUCAUGUGGCCAGCAUGACCAAGCCACUUCUGGCGAACCAGAGCAGCACACGGAAACGCCGUUUACCUUCCCGCUGUAGUGGUACCUAUUUAUCUACUUGCACUUUUGAUAUGCUUUCGAACUGCUAGGUGGGCAGGAGCUGGGACCGAGCAACGGGAGCUCACCCCGUCGCAGGGGUUCGAACCGCCGACCUUGUGAUCAGCAAGCCCUAGGCUCUGUGGUUUAGACCACAGCACCACCCGCGUCCAUAACAAGCUGACUGCAAAUAUGAUACUAGAAAACUCAGUGGUUGUGAAUACAGAAGUAGGUGACAUCUAGUACAACUCAAGCUAGCCCAUCACUCUUGUCAGGAAAUACUUCGCUGCUUUAAAAUGUAGGUAGGUAGCUUAAUUCGAAUUGAGGCUGGUUUGUGGAGGAAAACACCUCAAAACAGUAGGAACUUUCUUCUCUCUCUUAACAGAGACCUCUCCUUCCCUCCCAGCACUACAAUUCUCAGAGCUCCCGUGGGGAGGGACGGGCUGCUAAACCACUCUGGGAACAGUGUGAAUGUGGCCAGUCUCUCAACCUAGCCCAGUGUUUUUCAAAUUUGGAUCUCCAGCUGUUGUCGGACUACAACUCCCUGACCACUGGGUCCUGCUAGCUGGGGGACAAUGGGAGUUAUAGUCCAGUAACCUUUGGGGAGAGUGCAGGUUCCCUGACCAUGCUAGACAGGCUAUCCCACUGACUGACUUGUUACAAGCACCACCACAUAUCAGACAAACCCACUGUAAGGA